GGGGCCAGUAACCGGGGCCGCUUCUACGUUGUCGCCGACAAGAUAGGGACGCUUCGCACAGACCACAACUACAAGCCCUGGGUCCAUUAUAGGUUUGCAGGCAAGUGGUCGGACGACCUCUGGACGGACCGCAAACUUGACCAUGCAACUUAUUUGUGCUCAGCGCUAGCGGUUCGCGUUGGCUUCGCCAACAGGAAGCGCGACCUUGACAUGGCGCUCGCCAGAGAAGCGGAUAGCAGGAUCGACGAGACGAUGGCGGAGGUCGGCAGGACACUUGACCAGCUGAAGGCACUCUUUCGGGCAUUCCCUGAGGCUACCGCGUGGGAGGGCGCCUUCCUGCUCCUGGGCUUCAGGUGGAAGCAGUUGGCGCUUGACGCCAGUGGCGCUUCGGGCAAGUCCAGCUUCGCGGAAAGCCUCUUUGCCAACCCCUACGCGCUCGCGGUCGAGGACGCGGAGCACCUGGACCUGCGCGGCUUUGGCCGGGAUCUGCGCGACGGGAUAGUCCUAGACAACGUGAACAGUUGGCAGCAAGUCCUUCCUUGCAGAGCGCCCCUGCAGGCGCGGAGCGCCAAGACUCGCGGGGGCCAGAGCGCCGCGAAUAUUUACGCCUACACGCAGUACCUCUUCGGGGUUGCGAUCGCGGUGACAGUGGACUUGGAUGCGCCAGACGCGCAUUUGGCCGACUGUUCGCACGAGAAGAGGCCCAAGUGGUUGCGCAAGAACUGCGUCUUCGCGAGGCCCCCCGCAGGCGAGGCAUUCUACGACAAAGAUAGGGUUGUUGUCCGUAGCCUCACCUGGUCCAAGGCUGCCGCUCGCGGCUCUGUCCUUGCACCGCCCGCGCGCGCCCGCCCCCCUGACAUGCCGACCGGGGCCGAAAGCGCCCGCCCCCGGUCCAUGGACUUCCGCAACCAGCGGAAGGCGGUGAUGCUCAGGACUGUGAACAAGCUUACGUGGGACCAGAUUAAGGACGCAGCGGUAGCGAGGGACGGGGGCAGCCCCUCCGCCUCGCAGCGCAAGAGAGUUGUCGAGCAGUUCAGCACGCGCCUCGGGGAGUUCGCCCGCUUCGUCUCGAGCAAGACGCCAGCCCAUCUCGACCGUUACUUUGCGAUGGCGAUGGACGGCGUGGCGCUUUCUCUGCCACCCAACGACGCGGUAGAUCGCGCGAACUACUGCCGCGCGGGCGAGCCCCACAUGCGGCGGAUGGCUACCGGGGCGGCCAAGCCUGAGCUUUCCGGGCGCAACGACUACGCGCAGCAGAUCCCGUACUCCCGCCAGUUCAGGAAGGCGAACGCGGGCGAGUGGGUCAGGGCGGUAAGCGCGGGGAAGCUAGCGGGCGCAUGCCGUGCCGCGCGGGCGGGGGGCGGCGAGGGGCCCUGGCGGGUCCUGCGCGACGACGAGAGCUUCCUGAUGACGGCGGAGAGCAAGGCAGCCACGCGCAAGGCGAGGGUGUCUCUGUGGCGCAUUCCCAGCCGAUCGCCCGACCUGAACCCAGUGGAGAAGUACUGGUCCCACCUCCGCCGGCGGUUGCGCAAGCAUGACUUGGCCGACUUAGUGGCAGGGCGCCCGCCUGUGAUGAGGGCGGCGCUGAAGGAGAGGGUGCGGCGCCUCCUGGGGUCCGCUGGGGCAAAGACAGCGGCGCGGAACACCGCCCGUUCCCUGGGGAAGACGUGCCAGGAGGUGCUGAAGAAGAAGGGCGCUGCCACCCGCGGCGGAGCGAG